AUGCUAACCAAGAGGACUGCUUGCAGAUCCUCGGGCAGGAAAGCGCCUGCAAGGAGCUGGCCACUAAGACUGCUGGAAAAGAGCCCCCUCUAUCGGCGGGGUGAGAAAACCUCACCGCGGCAGGCCCAGAUCUGUUACCAGAAAUCAACUGAGCUUCUGAUCUGGAAGCUGAUUUUCCAGAGGUGGAUAAGGGAGAUUGCCCAGGAUUUCAAAACUGACUGGAGGUUUCCGAGUGCUGCCACAGGCGUGCUUCAGGAAGCUAGUGAAGCAUACCUGGUGGGCUUACUUGAAGGUCCUAAUCUGCGUGCCGUCCGUGCUAAGAGAGUCACCAUCAGGCCCAAAGACAUCCAGCUGGCUCGCUGGAUGUGGGGAGAGAGAGCUUAA